GUAAACUCCGUUUGAGAGUUAUCGACUACACUCAAACUGCUUUAGGCCAUAAUUGCAAGAGGUUGGUGAUUCCAAUUUGUCCAGACAUAUGUAUCUUCUUCAACAUCUCUAACCAGCGUGGCGCAAUAGAAAAAUAUAAUUAUUAUCUCCGUUUGCUGGGCAUCUGGUGCGUGGAUGACAACCUAUUAAUGAUUAAUUAAUUAUUAAUACAAUGCUCCGCCGUUGUGUCACAACUUACGUGCUAGCCAUCCUGGUGAUUCUCAGCGUUAUCGCGCACCCUGCUGAUUCAGCCAGAUCCGCAAGACAGACAUGCUCCACGCAUCCCGCAGUGGCAACCCGCCAGGGCGGCGAUGAUCCAACACAGAAAGCGGGCACGUGGUAUGGCUACCGGCAAAACGGCGAUGUCACCAUCAAUCAGCAGGUGACGAUCACUAACCUUGGCACCACAGUGGAACCGCUGACCAACCUGACCGCCGUCCAGCAGUACCAGCAGUCCACCUGGACGACUACGACCAACAGCACGUGUCAGAAUGAUUACUGGACGGGGAUCUACGUCGUCAACGGCAUGGAGAUUGCCAACGGUGCCACAACCAGCGACGGAUACAGCGUUAACCAUCUGAAGGGCAACUCGGUGCUGUACCACGACUAUCAGAAACUGAUAGUGGAAUAUGGAUGCAAAAUACCGAAGAAAGACGGCACCUGCGAUACGCCGCUCUUCUGGGCCAAAACACGGACCCGCCCCGAUAAACUGUCGGCCAGUGACAAGGCCGCUUUCGACAGCAUCAUCACCACGGCAUUGCAGCCGUACUGCAUUACGCUGGCGAUGAUGCCGCUGCAGUUGUACGAUGACUCCAAACCAACCUGCCCCUACCUCGAUCCUCCGUCCUGCUUUGCCAGCGUUCUCCAAGGAAACAAUGCUACCGUCCCCGCCAAUUUUAAUGCAGGCCAGACAGCUACAAGUACCGCCUCCAGCUGCAAAUGGCCAAUUUAUGUGGCGCCCAAAUUAACUUACGAUCCGCAAACGGUUGCCGGACUGUGGUAUGUUUACCGCGCUGUCUAUCUGCCGGAACCAACGUCGGUAGGCAUGCAGUAUUUUUGGCACAUUCUGGGCAGUUCCCUCCUGCCGGAAACCAACUACACCGGCAACUACGCGUGGGCCGAAUACACCCAGUACAACGAUCCUUCGGACACCUACUGCAAUUAUGGUUACUGGACCGGAAUGCUGGUGACGACCGGACAGAACGUCGGCUUUCGCUUUGUCACCACCGACGCGGGAGAUAGCGUCUUGCCUCUGCGGUCCAUGACGAUUUACCAGGAUGACAAGUACGAAUUCUUCUACGGCUGCAGUACACCGGAUCUGCAGAUGCAGACCUGCGCGUCGCCCUUCGCCAUGAUCAGUGCACGCACCGACCCGUCGACAUGGUCGCAGAGUGAGAAGGAUCACGUGGAUAACGACAUCAUCACACCGCUGAUCCAGAGCUACGGGUGUGCUGCCAAGGAUAUGCGGCUGAUGCCGUCGGUGGGCAGUAAACCGGCAUGCGCACUCAAGGGCGCCUCAUCGUGUCUGAACCAGUUCAUCGCCGGUUACAAUGAGUUACUUCCUCAAAAACAAUCUAGCUAUUAGUCCGAACAUGUUAGAAUUUGUUUGAGAGUUCGUGCAAGCUUCGGGAAAUUUAAGCAGCUGAAUUUACAACUUUGGUUCGCUACACAGGCAUUGCAUGUAUUUCGUAAUUAUGGUUAGAAAUGAAUGUCUCUCAGAAUUCGAACAAAGCCUCGGUAAUAAGAAAUGAGACAGCUAUAUGCAGUGGAUGUUGUUUGAACGUACCGCGUUCCAUGCUACGAC